AUGCAGGUCCCAAAUGUAACUCUGGAUGACCUCCAAGCCUUCCAAUCCAAACACUUCCCCGGACACCAGCCAGCCGUGUUUCCCCAAGAAAAUGACCAGACCACAGACGAGGAUCUCGGCUACUACCCAGAUGGAGUGAAGCGCACACUCACAGAUGAGCAGAUUCGGAUUUUCAGACACAGCGAAAUCCAUGCCUUGCUGCGAGAGAGGCAGCUCAAGGAUGACGAGGCGCAAUACCAAGCUCGCAUGCAGUCAUCUGUAGAUGGUGGAUCAGAGGGCAAAGCAGACGCUGCACCGGAAAAGAGAGCUCGGGAAGAUGAGUCUCAGGCGCAAGGUGGAGAUCAGAAGCGGUCGCAGUCACGGAAGGGGUCUAAAAGACACACCCCGGAGGACAAGCCUUCGAACCUCCUAGACUAUGGGAACGAUUCUGAUCAAACGCAAAUGGCAAGGCCACCAGUGUCACGAAUGCCUUAUCAAGGUCGCAGAAUUAUCUCCUACGAUGACUGA